UCUAUCUAUAUGAUGGGUAAGUGAGUAACUUAUUGGAAAAUGGAGUGAGAGUAGAAAAGUCUUGUCUCAUAAAAGUCAAUCAGGUCAGGGGAUGAAUAUUCUCUCUUCAAUUCCAGGUCGACAAGUACAACCUAUCUUACAUUUAGGCUCCAGUUGUAUGUUAUCUGUGGCCGUCCUAGAGCUCGUGGGAGUUAUGUAUGAUGCUAAACUGGCUUGUUCCUUUUAUUCAAUAUUCUACUUAAAUAGUGGACAAAUUAGAGUGAAAUCUCUUCACUUCUUUCUCUAGUCAUAUGUUUAUUUAUGUUAUGCCUACAUAUUGCUAUUGUUUCUCGUGAUAAAUUUGUGUCACAAGAUCUGUUAGAUCCUUAGGGUUAAUGACGUAAGUUGGUCAGCUCAAGCCAUCAUUCUACAUGUUCAGGUUUUUCUGGAUCGAGUUCAGCAUUUUAUCCAGUCCGUUGCUGUUCAUGAAGAACAGAUUUUCCAGAAGAGGACUCGAAUACAGCAGGUAGCUUUCCUUCACCAUGCUGAACUUUCUUUUAUUAGAUACUGUACCAUGAAAUGAACCAGAUCUUUGUAUGAAAUGACUAGAUUUUGCUUACCACCUUUCCAAACCUAAAUUUGGGAAAACAAAAAUGAGAGGGAAAUGGAAAGAUAAAUUUUUUAUCCAGGUCCUUUAAUAAUUGGUUUCCAACUUGUUUCAGGCUAUAGAGAAUAACGAGGAAAUGAGGUACAGAGCAAAAAGGGAACAACCUCCGACUCCAGCAUCUGUGACAGACAAGGUUAACUAUUAUAUCUUUGACUCGAAUCUUCAUUAUUAAAAUUAGAUCUUGAAUAACUUGUUUCUGCUAUACGAUAGAGGUAUUGAAGAACAGUUAGCAACCUGCAAAUAGACAGAGGCCUUUCAGAUGAGUAGGUGAUGCAGGAGUUUCUUGUCUAGUGUCUGCACAUGACGUCAUUGCGAAAUUCGUAUAUGGAUCACAUCUUGUAGUACAUCCAAUACAUUUUAUUGAGUUCUGCAUUUCUUUUUGAAGGUUAGAUGAAAUAAUGGUUACGAGCUUAUGCUUCACUUGAUACUAAAACUGCUUUGAGAAUGCUUUUUAAGCAGCUUCUUUAUUUUUAGCUACACGAGCUGAAGGGAAUUGUAAGGUUUGGAUUAUAAGAUCAAUUCUGCCCUAGUAUUUGUAAGAUAUUUUUUAAAUGCUUUCAGCUCCAGUGUAAAAGGUUUUGUGGUUCAGAUUUUUACUUAUCAUAUCUUGAUACGAAAUGACCAGACUUCAAAAGACUGAUUGUGAUUUCUAAGGGUUUUGAACUUCAAGUUGUGGCGCCAAACCUAUUGGACUUGAUCACUGACUGGCCUGGCAUAUCUCUUCCUCCAUCCCAUCUAUUGACGGCCCCCUAUUUCUUAAGAAAGAAUUAUAGAUUAGCCUUAGACACAUCACAGUCACAGGCGGUUGCUUGUGUUUCUUGUCUUCCAUGAAAACUUAUGUAGCAACUGAUAUUCCUGCAUUACCUACUGGCUACCGCUUUCUUCAUUUUAACCUUCUUUAUUUGUGACUGAGAGUUUUAAGGGAUUUCAAAAGACUGAUUGUGAUUUCCAAUACGAAAUUACCAGACUUCAAAAGACUGAUUGUGAUUUCUAAGGGUUUUGAACUUCAAGUUGUGGCGCCAAACCUAUUGGACUUGAUCACUGACUGACCGGGCAUAUCUCUUCCUCCAUCCCAUCUAUUGAAGCCUUAGACACAUCACAGUCACAGGCAGUUGCUUGUGUUUCUUGUCUUCCAUGACAACAUAUGUAGCAACUGAUAUUCCUGCAUUACCUACUGGCUACCACUUCCUUCAUUUUAACCUUCUUUAUUGUGACUGACAGUUUUGAGGGAUUUCAUUGCCAGCUCAGGUUUUCGUAUGUGUCAUCCAAUUGCAGUCCUGUUGCUUGUUUUCAAACUUCACAAUAUUGCUCUUGGAUGGCUCUUUGUUUUUCCUAUGUGUAUGGUUCAGUUUAUUUUCAACUGCUGUGGAGGCAUUGGGUCUUUUUUCGUGCGAUUGAAUGGAUGCUUCACUCCACCUAAAGCCACUUGAAGUUACAUUGGCUUGAACUUGUCUGUCGCUGGACUCAUUUAGUGCUUGUAGAAAUAUGCUAACAUUUAUUUCUGUCAGGUUAAACUUGGGGAGGUUGGAUACAAAGAAAGAUAUUAUGCUGAAAAAUUUGAUGCAUCAACUCCGGAGGAGCUAGACAAAGUGAGAAAAGAUUUAGUAAGUUCCUUUCCAAAUUUGAUCCUUCGAACCUUUGACUUUUAUUUGAUGACUCAAUAUCCUUGCAGUAUCUGCUAUAUUUGUCUAUGCGACUGUGGAUUGAGAUACUGUAAUUUGCAUUCUGGACUCCCAAGUCUUUUCUUAUCCUUCUAUUGGUUCUUCUUUACUGAAUAUUUGUUACAAUCUUUGAUUUGUGUGCUUGGCAGGUUCUAAAAUAUGUUGAAGGGUUAUGUUGGGUAUGCCGGUACUACUACCAAGGUGUUUGCUCGUGGCAAUGGUCAGUUAUUGCGACCGAAGUAAACUGCUAUAUGCUUCUUAUAAUGGUUAAACCAACCGGGGUCUCUAUCUGAUGCACGCACAAGUGUUGCGCUUGUUAAGUCCAAAAUAAUUUGAAGAUAGAAAAACCAAAAUACCUUGAUGAGUUUUCCAUGUGUAUGGCUACCAGAAGAUAGGUCUUCAUGAACCAUAGGGUUUCUUCUAGGGCACCAUCCUUGUAGCAGCUUACUCGCUCUUUGACUGUGCUUUAAGUGUAUGCUUUUCGUUUUUGCCAGCUUAAGCAACACUUCGGUUUACAAGAUGCAUAACUAUCUGGUUGUUAUGGCAGGUUUUAUCCGUACCAUUAUGCUCCAUUUGCCUCAGACCUUACAGAUCUUACCGAGUUGGAGAUAACUUUCUUUUUAGGCGAGCCAUUUAGGCCCUUUGAUCAGCUCAUGGGGACCCUGCCAGCUGCAAGGUUUUUCUCCUUCUCCUGGAGUUAAAUGGUCUUCUUUUGUGCUUUCUUUCCAUAGCUGAUGCUGGCCAUGUGGUUUGCUGCAGUUCUAAUGCUUUACCCAAAGAGUACAGAAAACUGAUGACAGACCCCUCAUCACCAUUACAAACAUUCUUCCCUUCUGGUAAUUUUAACUCGAUGGACAACCAUGUCUGUUUUUAUCAUUCUAGCCAUGUUCCUAGUAGUGCCAACUCUGUUUUUUUCUUCAUGUGGACAGAUUUCGAUAUUGAUAUGAAUGGUAAACGCUUUGCCUGGCAGGUGAAUUAUCUUCAAUUAUAUAGCCGACAUUCGAAAUUUGUCAGUGAUUGGGAGUUAAGCUUAUCUUUAUACUUUCUGGUCUUUUACAGGGUGUUGCUAAAUUGCCAUUCAUCGACGAGAGGAAAUUAUUAUCACAAACAAAGAAGCUUGAGACUACACUAACGGUUUGCACUCCCCUCUCUCCCUCAAAACUCUUUUCAUUGAUAGAAGUAUUUAAAGUACCUAGUGGAGUAUGAAUGCAUAUUACUCUUUGCUUAGCAUCACAUCACUGAUGUUUGUUGAACAUAGGAUUCCGCGGAGUACAUGUGGAACUAUGAAUGGCAGCAUGUUAGUAGUUGAAUAAGACUUUGAUAUCUAUCAUAUAUAAAGACUUCUGGAAAUAUUUGCACUGACCUGAGUCGGUUGUGUGAUGACCAUGAAUUUUCUAAAGCUGCCUUCUUAGGUUUUAGCUGUUUUUGGGUCUUUGUUGUAUCUAAGACCUUAGGAGCUAAAAGUUACAGUUUAGGAGAAAGAGUGCAAGUAGGAUGUAGCACGGUAUUCUGAAAGUGGAGUGGAUGGGAUUAGAUUUAUUUAGUGUAUAUCCUAACUUUGCACGUAAUUUCUUUGAGACGGCAAGCUGGCUUUUUUCCUCGUUAAUGAGUGUAGUUUUUUGUUGGUUAAUUAAGAUGAAACAAAUGUAACCUUCGUUUUCUGAACCAUCCCUGAUGGUCUCUGGUUUAAUAUAUGAUGCUCUCUGCAAUAGCAAGUCAUCACUGUCUUAACAGAGAGUGAUAAGUAAUGUAUUUGACAUGCGCAGGAGGAGGAGCGUGCUCGCAACAGUGUGAUGCUUGAUUUGCUAUAUGUCCAUCCUGUUCAUCCUGUAGCUCAGCAAAUUGUCACGUACUACCAUCAUAACUAUCCAUUACCACCUUAUGCAAGAUUUCUUUGGCCAAUCGACCCAAAUGCUAGGUUUGUUUGUGAUAUUGGUUGAUUUUGUAAUAUUUCAUUGCCUUCCUAAAUGAUGUGCUCGCUGUAACUAAGUAUUGUAUUUUGCAGCAGUGGGAUGAAUGGGUAUAUCGGCUUGAGUGAUAGGAAUGUGCACAGAACCUUGGUUCCAUCCCCUGUUAUUGGAUUGCCACAUAUAGAGUAUAACCAAGUUUUGUAAGUUUACCUUCCUGGUUUUCCUAUAGGAAACUACUAUAUCUCUUCUAUAUCUUUCUUACUGUAGCUUCUUUGCAGAAAUAUCACAUAUCUUUCUCCUGUUAGCCAUAGACACAUCCCAGAACCUCCAAAUGGUGUAAAAUUUCCUGCAAAGGUUUGUAAGAUCUUGAUACUUGUAAUUGCUAUUUUGUCUGUCUUUAGGAGAAGGAUGUAUGCGUCUAUCUUUCCUGAAUACUGAUUGCAUAGAAAGUCUGGAACUUUUAUUUGAACGUCCACCCUCAUUUCUCUCAUUAGGGUUUGACCUUUGGUGACUCGGGGCGUUUAUAAUGUGUUCUAACUUCAACUUGAUUGGAAAUACUCCUUGUGCUCUCGAACAAGUUUUUUCUAUUAGUUUAUUUUCACUGUACGAUUCUCUGUUUGAAUAUGGGGAAUAGGUCAUGGAAUUAAAAAUGGAGCUGGAUUUCCUUGGCGUAGCUAUUGUUUGAUUUGGACUCCCCUUAGGAUGUCUUGUCACUGUAUCUGUAUGGUGUGCUUUGCUAAUCGUUUCGCUCCAAAUUUGUUUUAUAUAACUGCAGAUUGUGAAGGGAUAUGAUAUCAAACCAUUUCCCAUACUAUGGCACGAAGACAACAGUGGACGGCGUCAACAAUGCAGAGAGAGGUAACGGAUCUUGGAAUGCAUACCCAAAUACUCCAGUAGAUCAAAUAACAAAACUUCUUAAUCGAAUACAUCAUUUCAACUUCUAAAUUGUACCUUUAAAUUGUACAUCAUUUCCCACUUUACUUCAUUAUUAAAAUUUCUAAUUUUGUCCAUUUCUUUUUCAGUAAAACUUCAUAAAUUGUUGGGUUAUUGACUUACUGUAGUCAUUAGCUAAAAGCAAUGCUUAAUUUUUUAUGAGCAGGCGUCAAUUACCUGGGGCGAUUGUCGGUCCACAAUUGGGAGAAGCAGCUCAUCGUCUUGUUAAAAACACUCUUAACAUCAGGUCAAACAAUGGAGGGUUGUUUGAUCAGCCUCUAUAUACUAACAGUGCUGGUAACAAUCAUAUCUCCAACAGAAGCAGAAUGCCUGCUCCUCGUUAUGGUAGAGGCGGCUAUGGUGAUGAUCGAAACUACGGUUACGGACACUACAACAGCAACAAUAACUACCAACAGGGCGGGCCUCGAUAUCCUUUCCCAAUGAAUGGUGUCCAAGGACCUCGGCACAACUUUAGGCCGCCAGAGAGGGUACUACAGAGCCACGAAAAACCCAGUGACUUGAGGAUGGGAAUGUCCGCUCUGACACUAGAUGAAGGAAACAGCCGAGUUGGGCCACCUCCAGUGUUGUUACAGCGGAGGCCGAAUUCGGGAUUUACACAGAAUUUGAACCACCAGUUCGAGCAGGCCACCACAGGUCCCAUCCCUUCACCGCCUACCAAGUGGAUCAAUAGCAUACCAGAUGGAGAGGCGGACACUUAUUUCAGAUAAGAACAGCCACGAGAAGGGUGAAUGAGAAGCAGCAGGUGAAACCUGUUUAUCUGAUCAAGACAGGCAGCUCCAGAAGCUUCAAACGCUGUAGCUGAACCAAACCACCAGUAGCAUUGCAGAGCGGGACUUGUAACUUAUAAAACAUGUUCUCUCUCAGUCCAAGGUGUUGUAACAUCUCCACCAAAGUCGGCCGUUAGAUGUUUGGGCCAAGGUUCUAAUUUAUGAAAGUGGCUUACUUAAUAGAUGUCGCAGCUUUUAGGGAAAAAGUGUAUACAAGUAGAGUUGUUGUGAUGCUGGGGUUAUUUAUUAGGUCUCGUUAUGGGUUGAAAAUCUCGGUUCUUCCUUAUGGAGUUCUAUACAGGGGAAGAGUCAGUUAGUUGGGCAGGUUUCAGGGUUAGUUGUAAUUAUCUUCUUUGUAUCCUUGUCAUUGGUGUUAUAUCAUUUGUUGCAAUUCCUCUGUUUUAGUUAUCCAAAGACUGAAACAAUUUCUAUCAAGACCAUCAUUUCCAUUUCAAAAAGAAAAAAGAAAAUUAAUUUUUGGGUAACUUCUGAGCUGUAUGACUGUUGUAAAUGUGAUAAGUUCAGCAGGUGGAAGCCAAGGUUGUUAAAACCUGGAAAGAGGGGACGACCUCUGACUCUGAUGCUGCACAAGGGAGGUAACAGAAAUAAACUCAAGCUCUUGCUAUUCUUGGGUAUGUAUCAUGCUGGAGCGAGGGUAGUAGAAUGUGACCUGAUAAUGUUACAAAGUUAUGACUUAUGAUGACAGGUCUGGUCUAGUCGGUAUGCGAGGGAAUGAGUUAUGACUAGUCAGAAUGGAGUUUGAUCCUGGUUCUUUGUCCGGUGAAUCCGCCCUUAAACAUUCACUGCAAUAGAUUGUUUUUCAGCAGACUCCAAGUAGUCGGUAUAUCAAUAUGUUGGUAUUGUUUCCAAUGUCAUCGUACAUUGUGGAGCCAAAAUGAUGAUGGAUAUUUUGCUCGUCAGGAAUUGUUGUGAAAGACUAAACCAUUCUCAUUAGGGCGGUGUUGGUAUGGUGGUGUUUGUUGCCGAUGUUAUCAUACAACUUGUGAGUGGAAACGAUGAUGGUUUGUUUUGCUCGACAGAAAUGUUGCAGAGGGCUAAACCAUAAGAGACUAUCAAGCUCGCUUUUGGCAAGAAAAUGCAAGAUGUUGG